GUAUUUGUCAACGACUGUUGUAGGAGAGUUGUCACUUUACAAACAUGGGUAAGGGUAAUAAUAUGAUACCCAAUGGCCAUUUCCAUAAGGAUUGGCAAAGGUUUGUGAAAACCUGGUUCAACCAACCAGCCAGAAGAUACCGAAGAAAACAAAACAGGAUUAAGAAAGCGAAAGCUGUUGCGCCUCGACCCGCUGCUGGGCCUUUGAGACCGGUGGUUCGUUGUCCGACAGUACGUUACCAUACUAAAGUUCGCGCUGGACGUGGUUUCACCUUAAGAGAAAUCAGGGCUGCAGGUUUGAAUCCUGCUUUUGCCAGAACAAUUGGCAUUGCUGUGGAUCCUCGUAGGCGUAAUAAAUCAGUUGAAUCCCUACAAACAAAUGUACAGAGAUUAAAGGAAUAUCGUGCACGACUCAUUCUUUUCCCGAAGGGCAAGAAGGUCUUGAAGGGAGAAGCUAAUGAAGAGGAGCGCAAGUUAGCUACUCAGUUGCGUGGACCAUUAAUGCCAGUCCAACAACCUGCACCGAAGUCUAUUGCACGAGCGAUUACUGAGGAAGAGAAAGACUUCAAAGCUUAUCAAUACUUAAGAGGAGCUCGUUCAAUCGCCAAACUUGUUGGUAUUCGUGCUAAGAGGCUAAAAGACGCCGCUGAAAAUCCUGAUGACGUAACGAAAGCACCAACCGCCGUCAAAGAACCUAAGGCGAAAAAGUGAUUUAUAAAAAUAAACAUGCUGUCUAGU